AUCUGUUGGAGAAGUCCCGUGUUGUGAAGCAACCAAGAGGUGAAAGGAACUUUCACAUUUUCUAUCAGAUACUGUCUGGAGGAUCUGAAGAGAUGCUACAAAAACUGAAGCUGGAGCGAGAUUUCAGUCGAUACAACUACCUGAGUCUGGACUCCGCAAAAGUGAACGGCGUGGACGAUGCGGCCAACUUCAGAACCGUUAGGAAUGCCAUGCAGAUUGUGGGAUUCCUGGACCACGAAACACAGUCCGUUUUUGAAGUUAUUGCCGCUGUGUUAAAACUGGGGAAUAUCGAGUUCAAGCCUGAAUCUCGCGUGAACGGCUUAGACGAAAGUAAAAUCAAAGAUAAAAAUGAACUCAAAGAAAUAUGCGAGCUGACGGGCAUCGAUCAGUCAGUGCUUGAAAGGGCCUUCAGCUACCGGACCGUCGAAGCAAAGCAGGAGAAGGUCUCCACAACGCUCAAUGUGGCUCAGGCUUAUUAUGCUCGGGAUGCUCUGGCGAAGAAUCUUUACAGUAGGCUCUUUUCUUGGCUCGUUACUAGGAUCAAUGAAAGCAUUAAGGCACAGACGAAAGUAAGGAAGAAAGUCAUGGGAGUUUUGGACAUCUACGGCUUUGAAAUUUUCGAGGAUAACAGUUUCGAGCAGUUCAUUAUCAACUACUGCAACGAGAAGCUGCAGCAGAUCUUCAUCGAGCUUACGCUGAAGGAAGAGCAAGAAGAGUACAUACGAGAGGGCAUCGAAUGGACCCACAUCGAGUACUUCAACAACGCCAUCAUUUGUGACCUAAUAGAAAACAAUCAGAACGGGAUCCUGGCCAUGCUAGAUGAGGAAUGCCUGCGGCCUGGCGUGGUGACCGACGACACCUUCCUGGAAAAGCUGAACCAGGUCUGUGCCACCCACCAGCACUUCGAAAGCCGGAUGAGCAAGUGCUCGCGCUUCUUGAACGACACCUCCCUGCCCCACAGUUGCUUCCGAAUCCAGCACUACGCUGGCAAGGUGAUGUAUCAAGUGGAAGGAUUCGUUGACAAGAACAAUGACCUCUUGUACCGUGAUCUGUCACAAGCCAUGUGGAAAGCCAGCCACCCCCUCAUUAAAUCGCUGUUCCCGGAAGGAAACCCUGCCAAGAUUAACUUAAAGAGACCUCCAACGGCUGGUUCACAGUUCAAGUCUUCCGUGGCGACCUUGAUGAGGAACUUGCAGACCAAAAACCCCAACUACAUCAGGUGCAUCAAGCCUAACGAGAAGAAGGCGGCGCACGUCUUCACCGAGGCCCUGGUGUGCCACCAGGCUCGCUACUUGGGGCUGCUGGAAAACGUCCGGGUCAGGAGGGCGGGGUACGCAUUCAGGCAGCCCUACGUCCCUUGUCUGGAAAGGUACAAGAUGCUUUGUAAGCAGACGUGGCCCCGCUGGAGAGGCCCUGCCAGAACUGGAGUGGAGGUCCUAUUCAAUGACCUAGAGAUCCCUGAAGAAGAGUAUUCCUUCGGUAGAUCAAAAAUAUUCAUCCGCAAUCCAAGAACACUCUUCAAGUUGGAAGACCUGCGGAAACAACGCCUCGAGGAUUUGGCAACGUUAAUCCAGAAGAUCUACAGGGGCUGGAAGCGCCGUACGCAGUUCCUUCUCAUGAAGAAGAGUCAGAUUGUGAUCGCUGCCUGGAUCAGGAGAUACGCGCAACAGAAGAGGUACCAGCAGACCAAGAGUUCUGCCAUCGUGGUCCAGUCCUAUAUCAGAGGGUGGAAGGCCCGGAAGCUCCUUCGAGAACUGAAGCACCAGAAACGCUGCAGAGAAGCGGUCACAACCAUUGCAGCCUAUUGGCACGGCGUUCAGGUCCGUAGAGAGUACAGGAAAUUUUUCCGAGCCAAUGCAGGAAGGAAGAUUUACGAGUUCGUACUUCAGAAAAUCAUGCAAAAGUAUUUCUUGGAGAUGAAGAAUAAGAUGCCUUCUUUAUCACCAAUAGACAAAAACUGGCCAGCGAGGCCUUACCUCUUUCUGGAUUCAACACACAAGGAACUGAAGAGGAUAUUCCACUUAUGGAGGUGUAAAAAGUACAGGGAUGGGUUCACCGCUCAGAAGAAAGGCAUUUACGAAGAAAAACUGGAAGCCAGCGAGCUUUUCAAGGACAAGAAAGCUUUAUAUCCGGCAAGCGUCGGGCAGCCUUUCCAAGGGGCUUACCUUGAAAUCAGCAAGAACCCCAAGUACAAAAAGCUAAAAGACGCCAUGGAGGAGAAAGUGAUCAUUGCCGAAGUAGUAAACAAAAUCAACAGAGCAAAUGGGAAGUGCGCCGCUAGGAUUUUCCUGCUCACAAAGAAUCACGUCCUCCUGGCCGAUCAAAAGUCAGGGCACAUCAAGUCGGAGCUUCCCCUGGAGGACGUCACGAAGGUGUCCAUGAGCUCUCAGAACGACGGCUUCUUCGCCGUGCAUCUCAAGGAAGGGUCCGGAGGAGCUGGGAAGGGGGAUUUCCUGCUCAGGAGCGACCAUCUGAUCGAAAUGGCCACCAAGCUGUACCGGGCCACGCUCAGCCAAACUAACCAGAAGCUCAACAUUGAAAUAUCCGAUGAGUUCCUCGUUCAGUUCAGACAGGACAAAGUGUGCGUGAAGUUCGUGCAGGGGAACCAGAAGAAUGGCAACGUCCCAACUUGCAAGCGAAAAAACAACCGACUUCUUGAAGUCGCUGUGCCUUAAUUCUCUUGUGUUUUCUCCUACCUUACGUGGAGCUGUUCUUUGUAACGGUGCAAUUUUAGCAGUUAUGGGGGGAGGGGGGAGUCUUGGUGGGACCGGGAGGGGUGUUCUGCAAAUAGCUGUGGGAGACCCUUGCCGAAAGGUGCAACUAAGUUAUCGACACACAGAUCUUUUUAGUAUGAUAAUCUCUAAGGUCCAUAUGCGGGCUUCGUCCGCUGACCGCGUAUUAUAGGCAGGCCAAAUGUCUUCUCGUACUUGUAAUGUUUUUUAUUUAUUCCUCACUUUUUAUUGCUGCUUAUUACAGGCCCAUAUACCUUACAGCCCCGUUCUUCAUACUCCUUAAGCUGGAAUCCUGCCCCUCUGGCUAUGCAGGCUGCGCCGGGAAGGUGCUCAUUGCCUCUGUUUCCUCCUUGUUCUGUUCUGGGGCAAAGCUCAGUCCGAAGGGUUAAUGGAGAGCCAGGAUUAGUGGCUCUGGCAAAAUUCUCCGAGAGAAGCUGUUACCCCGCUAAUUGCAAACAGCACAGAGCUGCUCUGUAAUGGGAUCUUUAAUGGUGUCCAGGGCAGGAAACCCUUGGUUCUGCACAGCAGAAGGAAUGUAUGACUGCAUACGCAGCGGCUUGCGUAUGCUUUUGUUUUAUUUGCAUCGAAGAAACCGGAGUUUUGCAGCAGCCGUUUUAAUUGUCAGCUUUUAAUGCCUUUUCGAGUGUAGGAAAGCCGUAGGGGUCCAUUAGGCAGACAACAUGUAUUUUAGAAGGUUACCGUAGCCACGUUGCCCAAGGCAUGUCUUUUGUUUUAUGUAGGGUUCCCCCGUCCAUUUAAAAUUCCCCUUUCAAUGUUGAAUGUCCAAACUGCUUGCACGGGGGGGGAACCGAGUGCAAGUGAUUUUUAACGACAUGUCUGUCAAAUGAAGGGAUCGAAUCUUUUCCUUUUCGUUUCUUUUUCUAACCCUGGACAUUGGCAUACGUUCUGUGCAAUGUGCAAUAAAAACAUUCGUACAGCUUGCGAAACUUAUUUAUAAUAACUUCUGUUGGAAAAAGGCAUGGGUUGGGACAUCCUGCGUAUCUCUUGUUCUGAAGACUGAAACUGGGUUUGCUGCGCAUUGAAUCUGAAGGGCAAGUUUCCGGGUGUACACUACAGCUUAUCGCUAUUGGAGACGUUGUACAUAAAUCUGGUAUUAAUGGUAAAUAAUUGUUCUAAUCCUGUGCUGUUUGGUACUCUUGUGAUAACCAUAUUUUUGUAUUUCAAACAGUUUUAUAUAAAUUUGUGCACCUGAUAUGUAUCGUGUGCACAGAAACACUUUACAGUCGAGACCCGCGUUCCAAACUUUCCGAAUACAGAUCACAACCUUAAAGCCUUGUACAAAGCAGGAGAAUUAGCCGAGAGCAUUGAUUUAUGGCGUGUCGUUUUCAAGUGUUUAGGCAGAAGUUAGCUAAAGGGGUUUGUUUGAAUGUGAUUGUUUGGUUUUGUUGGUGUAAGGAUGGUUUUAGACCUUAUUGUAUUCUCAGUCUGACGUAAGAACUUGCCUUCCAGGAGAGAUUACUGCACAAAAGUGCAAUGCUAAAA